CAACAAAAAAUCUCCUCCCAGCUCCCAACUUCUUCCUCUUCUCUCGUCCUCAAUCUCGACGUCGUCGGGGUGCAACGACUCAACAACUCUGUUCUUUUCUUUCUCUCUCUCCCUGUAUUCCAAUCACUCUGAUCUCUUCUCCCAGCAGCCAUGGCCGUGAAAUCCAACGACGGCGGCAGGCUAGCAGCUGCGUCGCACCGCCAUGGUGGAUAUAGUCGUCGAAAUCAUGAGGCUCUACAGAUCCCUCCCACCGAGGCCUUCCAUCAACGAAGUGGAGGCCGUCGUCGCCAUUGGUUCAUACCCCGCCACCAAAUCCACACAAUGCCUUUCCCACCACCACUUUACCACCGUCCUCCACCACCGCGAUGUCUUUCCCUCUCACCCCUCCACCACCACACCUCCUCCCCUCCUCCGCAGCCUUUACCCGCCGCUCCCUCCUCCUGUCCACCUCACUCUCCACCAUCAACCCUCCGCCUUCGUCGCCCCCCGACACCACAGUGACCGACAGGAUCUUCAUGGACUUCUCCAUCUGCCCGGCCUACAACAAACCCGACCGCACCGUCUCCGACACCGUCGCCACACUCUGCACCGAGAUGUUCCCCCUCGGGCGCCUCAUCCUCGGCCUCUACGGCCACUUGGUCCCCACCACCGUCUCCAAUUUCAAAUCCAUGGUCAAUUCGUAUUCCUACAAAAACACUUUGGUACACAAGGUCCUGCACAGGCAAUUCUUCCUUGCGGAAAGGCAGGGGAGGAUGGAAGUGGGCAAGGUCAGACCCCUCGCCGACUUGCCAAGGAACGUCGAGGUUGUCGAUCCCAAGGCGUUUCGGCUCGCAAACUCGACGAGAUGUUCAAGAUGCUCGGUGGGUUGAUCCAGCGAGCUUCUUUGCUUGUCUCUGGAGAUCCCCAGGUGGAGAAACCAGUCGGAUCUGAUGGGAGUGGGGAGAGGAAGGAGAGCAAGAAGAAGAAGAAGGGAUGAGAGAUGUUGAGGGAGGAGGAGGCAGCCCGAUUGAGGAAGAGAGAGGACACCCGACGGAUUUGGCGGAGGAGAUUGACGGAAGAAGAGUGCAAUUGUGGGGACGGAAGAAGGGAGGAGAGCUAUCUUUUUCUUUUAUUUUAUUGACUUUUUUAAGUGACAUAAAAAAAUAAAUAAAAAUUAGGUUU